AUGAGUAUUAAUUUCUAAGUUUCCAAGAACUCAUAUGAUCAGAAUGACUAACGGAGAAAUUAACCGACCACUCCUGGCAACUUCAACUAAACUGCUUCUGGAGGUAUAAGAUAAUCUAUUGUGGGUUUCUUUACAGGCAAAACUGCUGCUCCAAGUUUAAACAGAACAAUAGAAAUCAAGGAGAGAGAUCUAAACGACAAUGACAACUCGCAAAUUGAAGACUCCAUGCUUGAUUAAUCUAAAGAUCUUAGUGAAAAUGGAUCGGUGAUCCAUAAAGAUAAAUCGAAGACCCUAGUCUAGCAAGAUCAGCGCAAGAAAAAGAUGUGGGCACAGAGAGUAUCCAAAAUAGUCACUGAACCAGCACCCGUCUUGCAAUAACAAACAUAAUCAAAUGAUUAAGGUGCUUAGCCCAAGAAAAAGGUUAGAGCUAGAGCCAGAAUUAAAUCUAAAAACAACUCAAUUUUAGACGACUCAGUGGAUUAAUUCCUCAAAGAUGAAUAGAUGGUGCAUUAAAGUCUGGGAACAGGCGAGUCUAAUUAGUCUGUUGAUUUUUAAUUAAAUGGACUCUAAAGUAUCUAGGAAGAAUAAAAAGAAAUAGAAGAUGAUCCAUUUGCAAAUAACAAAGCUCGAAGGUCAAACACUGUAAUUGAAAACAAAUCUAGCAAAGGUCAAAGUAAUGUAAUCAAGAUUUAUAAUGAUGCAAGCGGGAAAGUGAGUGAGAGCCAUACAAUUUCAAAAGAAAACAGCAUAAUUAUUGUGAAUAACAUUAAUGUGACAAAUACUAAUGUUAACAACAACAUUAUAAAUAAAAAUGAAAUAGUCCAGCAUAUGGACUCUCAAAGAAGGCGCAUAACUAUCUUAAAGAAUAAGGAACCGAAUAGUAGAAAUUAAAACAAUAAUUAAUUCAAGACAUAAGGCGCAGAUUAAUUUAGAGAAAUUGAUUUGAUAAGUUAAGAUGAUAUUGUCUCACAUCAGUAGACUCCAACUAAUAAGGAUAGAAAUAGAGUAAGGUUUAAUAGCAAGGUAGAUGAAACUAUUAUAACAAAUAAUGAAUAUGAGUUGGAAUUUGAUGAUCCUGAUCAGAGUUUGAUCUCCAGAGAUAAUUAAGAGCAUGGAGGUCCAUCUUCUGACAAAAAAGACAGGAAAAACAAAAGAGUAAAAGUUAAUGUGAAUAAGAGAAUGUCGAUCAGAAGACCACCUCCACAACUAGAUUAAAAUAGCAUAGAAUCACUGGAUAAAAGUAAUCCUGCUUUGAUUUUAGAAGCUCAAAGGAUUUAAUAGUAAUAGUUUUAAGGAAGAUAGGACGAAUCAAUAGUACUUCAAGACACAACCUCUUUAUCAAAACCAUCAAGUACAGCACCCACACCUAAGAACGACCCAAAAAAGGACGAAGUAUUCGACAUAAUGAAGGAUAUAGAGGAAAAUAUCAGAAAAUAAAAAGAAGAAGAACUAAAGUAAAAGUUAGAAGAAGAAUAAAAGCGAAUGAAGCUUGAAUACGAGGAGAAACAUAAAAAGGAGCAGGAGGAAAGGUAAAAAAGAGAGGAAGAGGAAAGGUUGAAAAGAUAAGUUGAAGAAAAGCUUAGAAAGGAAUAGGAAGAACAGUCAAGAAAAGAGCUUGAAGAUAAAAUCAGGAAGGAAUUAGAGGAAAAACUUAGAAAAGAGUAAGAGGAAAGAUUAAAAUUAGAGUAAAUAGAAAAAGAAAGAAUAGAAAAUGAGAGAAAAUAGCUAGAAGAAAUUGAAAAGCAGAAAAAGGAGGCUGAAGAACUUAGAUUAAAGCAAGAACAAGAUAAAAAGAGGAUAGAGUAGGAACGAAUAUAAAAAGAAUUGGAGGAAAAGAAGAAAAAGCUCUUUGAGGAAAGAGAGAGAUUAGAGCAAGAGAAACUUAGGCGUGAGAGAGAACAACAAGCUAAGAAAGAAGAAUAAGAACGAUUGUUUAGGGAGUAGUUGGAGAAAGAAGAUUAGGAAAAGAAGUAAAAAAUGGAUCAAGAUCAAAAGAAACUGCAAGAAGAAAGGGAGCAGCUCAAUGCUUUUUUAAGAAUGGCUGAAGAAAAGAAGAUUGAAGAGGAAAACAGGAAAAAGUAGAUGGAGUAGAACAGAUUUGUUAAAAUGCUGACCAAUAAAAAUAACAUUAGAUUUGAAGACUCGUCAGACGAUGAUGAGUCAAUGAUAUCCGAUAUUUAGCCAAGGUCUCCUAAGAACAAUAUCUCUAAGAGUGAUAUCUCUGUGGAUUAAGUGCAAUAGUUAUUUGAAUAAGCUAAGAAAAUCGAUAGCCAAAAGGCAAAAGACAACAGAUAUACAUUCGGCUAAAAUGUCCAAGUGUCAGACUCAUUUAUUUUUUCUCCCUCAAACGAGGAUGGAGAUAUUCAGAAUAUUCUUGAGGAUUCCUUUUUCAAGGAUCCAACUAAGAGACACAUUGAAACAUCUCCAAUGAAAUAAAUAUAGCAUUUCUAGCAACUGUAAAAACAUUCUGAAACUAGAAAUGUUCAAUUUUCACCUUCUGGGACACCUUCUUUUACUAAAAAUAACUAAUCGUUGUCUUUAUCCUCAUCUCAUUAAGACUCUAAAAGAAUGGAUAUUCCUGAAAUUAAGAUACUUGGAGGACCUAAACCUCCUUCUCCAACAUUUACAAAACAAUUUAGAGACAGUCCACUAAAAAUUAUAGAUUAAAGUCCUGAUAACUUUUCACCAAGCAUAUUUAACCCUAGUUAAAUGAAAAGCAGCAUUGAAAGUGGAACGAUGAGUUUGAAGUCAUCACCAAAUCAAAAGCGGAUGAUGGAACAAUUUAAUGCCAGCAGAGAUGACCUCAAAGGGACAUCAAUGAUAUUAAUAGACACAGAUUAGAGAAGUAAUUUACAAAGUGGAAGGAUGAACUAUCUUCAAGAUGAAGCUCCUGGGACUGAGAGAGCAAACAGAAAAUCAAGUAGAAAUUAAUUUGCAGUCUCAAACAACAAAGCUCAAUCUAACAUUUAUGAAAGUAAGCCUUCCAGAUCACCUAUUCGCAAGCCUAGAGAGUAUACAACUUAAGUCAAACUUGAUGAUGAAAAUGAGGAAGAAGAGGUGAAAUAAGAUAAGAAAUAUCAAGGCCACUUAUUUGAGACAAAUAAGUAGAAGAUUGGACCAUAUCCAGGUAAAAAAUUAGAAUCUCAGAUUUCAACUAUCCCAGGUAGCGAGUUAAGUAAAACUGUGCAAAAGAAUGGUAAAUAAAUUCCAAGCAAAAGUCCGCUAAGAACGAUGAAAAAGAUGGUAUAAACUGAACAGUCAAAAUCUCAAGUAUUUGUUAAUCUUAAUGAUGACAAUAAGGAUAGUUCCUUAUCGAGGAUGAAUUCUAGUCCUAACUAGUAAUUCAAAAUUAAGAAUGACUUCUUUACAACCCUGAAUAUACUUAAAUCAGAGAGCACAAAUGAACUUGUUAAAACAGAAUCUACCUCUAACCUACAAAAGAAACCUAUAAUAUAAAAUAAAGAAAAGAAAAUUGUUAAAGUUAUCCUUGAUGAUGAUGAAACUGUUGAAGAUCAAGAGUCUUCGACUGUAAAGACAUUUGCUUAGCUUCUAAAGACUCCAUCAGAUUCGAUCUGUAACAGCUUUCAUGAUGAUCCUAAGAUUCCACCCCCAAAACUUAAGAAGGCUCAACCCACUGGUAAAUCUGCAAGUAAUUUGCACAAAGGACAGCAGGAGCCUAAAUUUGUAAAGAGAAAUUUAUUUGAAAGCUAGAUAAAUUUAAAAGACAUGGGAGAUGGAGAGCUCUCCCCUAUAAAUCCUAGAAAAUCCUAUUUAUUAGACAAGAAUAAAAGCAAGCUAAAAUAACCCACGAAAAUUACAGAGACUGAUCCAUAGUUAUACAUUGAUAAGAUCAAGUUAGAAAAUCAUUAGGAAAGUAUACCUCUUAAGAAACCUUAAUAGUCAACAGUAAUUAAAUCUUAGAUUAAUUAAUUUUUAGAUUUAGAAGAGUUAAAAGGCUACAAGACCCUAGGGAAUAAGAGACUAGCAUAAAUAAAAUACCAAACUAUGGUGAAGUGA